CCGUUAGGAACAGCACCAAAUGGAUUUGCAUGGGAAACUGAUCAUUAACUUAGAUGAUCCAAAUCGCCCUAGGUUCACAUUGGAUGAGCUUAGGCACAUUCUUUUUGAACGCAAUGACCUCAAGGCAAAAAUAAGUGAUUUAGAAGAUGAACUGAGUUUACACAGGCCAAAAAAUUUACCCAGUUCUUCAAGCUUAGCAGCUCUGUCACUUCAGAAUGAGGAAGAGGAUCUUCCUGUUCAAGGACCAAUCAAUAAAGAGCCAGAUGAUAAAUUAUAUCCUGAAAAGAAAAGAUUAGGAAUUCGUAGAUUUUUUCAUUUUCUUCGACGAAUCUCUGUGGAUAGUCCUGUACCACUCGUGCCAUUUUCAGCUUCCCAUCAGUCACCUGGCCGAAGCUCAUGUAGAUGAAAUAUACCUCCAGUCCAUGAAUUGCCAUUAGAGUGCCAAGUGAAAAAUCUCCUGAUCCCAUCUCUUCUGUUAAGUGUAACAUGCUUUGGAGAGAAGCCAUUGCCUGUGAUUGCUUUUGUAAUGUCACCAGGUCUGGUAAAUGUCAUCAAAUCUCUUUGUAAUUAAUAAAAACUGACACGCAUAUUUUAACUUGUUACUUCAAAGGGAUGUUAGAGACUGUGCAUGUUUCUUAGUAGAAAAUGUAAAUUUCCAUUGUUUCUUAUUUUUAAAUGUGUUCAUUAUAUUUUAAUUUGCACAUAUUUCAUACUUCAGUCAUACACAUAUUAUGUUAAAUUCUAGUUUAACUUUUGUUAUCUGAUGAUACAGAUAUAUUCGGUAUUUGUGAUUUUAACUUUUGUUAUUUGAUGAUACAGAUAUAUUCAGUAUUUGUGAUUUUAUGUGCUUAUGCUUGAUAUUAUAAUAGGUAUAUGUUUUUGAUUGCAUUUGCUAGUUCAGCGAUUUUAUUAAAUGCAUUUUAGAACAUUUAUUUAUAUUAUUAAAAAUAUAUACUGUCAAAUCCCAGUAACCAAUAUGCGGAUUAACUAGGCCCUGUCUUUAAAAAAAGUUUCUUUAUUGCAAAAUGAUAGAAAGGUUAUUGUCACAAAGUAUCAGAAUAAGGCAAAAUUUCUGUGGAGGAAAUACAAAAGAGAGUGUAUGGAAUAGCAACAGUGAUGGCAGUUGGUGUCAGAGUAGUUAACCCUCUGGCUGAUCAUCCCGCGAUUUCCACGGGCAACUCAAAUGUAGCAAAAUUUGCGCGGGCAUAUGUUUUUCUUCCUUUAUUGAGGAGCGCAUCCUGUUUAACCAUUGAAAUAAAUUAUAUACAGUAUUAUGUGUUUAGUUUACGUUUUGCCAAACAGAUAUCAUUAGUUGUCCACUAAAUUGCAGAAUUUAAAGGAACGUGGUAUUAGCGCUCAAACUUCACUUUUUUCUUACAGAAAUGGCUGCCAGAAAACAUUCAGCGAUUAUCUUGAUUAUUUAAUUAAAUUAUUGAAUUAUUGAAAGACUGUGAAGUUUGAACUCUGCACUUUAUAUUUUCUUAAAUUUUAUACAUUUUAUAUUAUGCGAUAAAUAGAAAUUAACUGUAAUUCGACUGAAAUUUAUUUUAAAAAAGAUUUUUUUUUUUGUGAUAACAUCUGAAAUUGG